GAUGCUACUCUGGGUGUUCUUCCUCGUGAUCCUCACCCUCAGCAAUGGUUCCCACUGCUCCCCACCCCCUCUCCCUCUCAGGAUGCGGCGGUAUGCAGAUGCCAUCUUUACCAACAGCUACCGGAAGGUGCUGGGCCAGCUGUCUGCCCGUAAGCUACUCCAGGACAUCAUGAGCAGGCCACAGGGAGAGAGAAAUCAGGAGCAAGGAGCAAGGGUGCGACCUGGCCGUCAGGUAGAGAGUAUGUGGGCAGACCAAAAGCAGAUGGCGUUGGAGAGCAUCCUCGUGGCCCUGCUGCAGAAGCACAGCAGGAAUUCCCAAGGAUGAAGAUUCCGCCUGUGCUUUAUGCCACCUGUAGCCAAAUCACUACCAAAUCCUGUUAAUCUCUAUUAAUUUUAGACCUACUUUUUCCUUUGUAAAUACAAUAAAAUCCCCGCAUACUGGUCUGCAUUU